UUAUAUUAUUAUCAAAGGAAAGGGAAUUGAAUUGAGGUUAUAUUUUAUAAUCACGUUUCACGACUCGACUCUCGACUCAUAUUUUAUUGAUAUUCGAUAAAAGAUAAAACUAUUUUAUUUAAGAUGAAAGUAAGAACAGAUCAAUGUGAUUUAUUAUUAACGAUGGCCGAAAAUACUCCGGAAUUAAUAACUAAUAAAUUUAAUGGGAUUGCUGGCAAAGCCAAAGGCCACGCCAUGUGGCAAACGUUGGCAAAUAUAUUAAAUGAUUUGGGCUUUGGGGAAAAAACCACAGCAGAAUGGAGAAGGGCUUUGACUGAUUGGAAGUCAAAAACAAAAGCCAAAGCCGCAAAAUUGAGAAUGGCUCAAGAAGGAACUGGAGGUGGACUUUCUACGGCAUUACCCCUCACAGAUUAUGAGAAGAGACUUCUUAGUUUAAUGGGUAAUUUUGCCGUAGAAGGUGAUGGGGAGUAA